CAGUCGGAGUCCUUCACUGCGCACGCGCGUUGUUUCGUCGUUGGCCUCAGGGGAGUUGUCUUCCCUUCCGACCGAUGAGUUUCCGCCUCCGGUUGGCGACAGCGGGAUCCCACUUCCCCCAUGUCCGGGGCUCAGCGGCGCUGUCGGGGUUGGCAGUUUAGAGCAUGUGAAUUAACUGAAGGAGCUUGAGUUCCAGUAUGUGGUAUAUUAUGCAGAGCAUUCAGAGUAAAUACUCCUUGUCAGAGCGGUUGAUCCGGACUAUAACAGCCAUACGAUCUUUCCCACAUGAUAAUGUUGAAGAUCUUAUCAGCAGGGGAGCCGACGUUAACUGUAUGCACGGCAUUCUGAAGCCGCUACACUGCGCUUGUAUGGUUGCUGAUGCGGAUUGCGUUGAACUACUGCUGCAAAAAGGAGCGGAGGUCAACGCCCUAGACGGGUACAACCGAACAGCCCUUCAUUAUGCAGCAGAAAAAGAUGAGACCUGCGUUGAGAUCCUCUUAGAAUACGGCGCAAACCCCAGUGCGCUGGAUGGGAACAAGGACACGCCCCUCCAUUGGGCUGCCUUUAAAAACAAUGCGGAGUGCGUCCGAACGCUUUUGGAGAACGGCGCCUUGGUUAAUGCUCGGGAUUAUAAUGAUGACACACCCCUGAGCUGGGCUGCCAUGAAGGGAAACCUAGAGAGCGUGAGCAUACUCCUGGAUUUCGGAGCGGAGGUCAGGGUGGUUAAUUUGAAAGGCCAGACGCCGAUAUCUAGGCUGGUUGCGUUGUUGGUCAGAGGACUUGGUACCGAGCGAGAAGAUUCUUGCUUUGAUCUUCUUCACAGAGCUAUUGGACACUUUGAUUUAAGGAAAAAUGGGAAUAUGCCCAGGGAGGUAAUGAGAGAUCAGCAGCUGUGUGAAAAACUUACCCUGCUCUGCUCCGCCCCAGGUACCUUAAAGACGCUGUCUCGCUACGCGCUGCGGCGCAGCCUGGGUGUCCAGUUCCUGCCAGAUGCAGUGAAGGAGCUUCCUUUGCCUGAGUCCCUGAAAGAAUAUCUGUUGCUCCUUAGAUAAGCGAGCGGUAAAAUUCUAGGGGAUUCUGUGCUUGAUUCACUGCCCCCCAUUCCUUAUGCUUUAUGGGGAUGCCAGUAACAUAACUAGAUUUGUGACUCAAUCCGUGACAUCAGACACUGGGUUCCUCCUCCUCACUCUGAUGGUCAAGCUGAUGACCAGUCGUCAUCCAAGAUUACUCCAGGCUCUAGGGCUCCCUCUCCUGUCUCACCCAGAGCUCCAUACAGGACGGUGACCUCCAUGGUGGCAGCUGGCACUACUGGUGGCUUAAAAGGUGUGUGAGGGGAAAUACUUGUGCUAUUUCGUCCUGCACGGGCCUGUUCCCCAUCUCCAGCCUCUGGAUUGCUCUCCGAGUUCAGUACCAAGCCACCGGCCGUCUCACAAGACAUUGCUGAACAGAAUUUGUCACCUUCCCUGCCACGGAAAGACAAAUUAUCAUCCUGCUUUCUGGAGACUAGGUGUGGGCUUUAGCGAGAGAGAUGCCUUCUCAAUUAGGUGUGGAGAGCAGGCAAGGGGGGGAUCUAUUCCUGUUGGAAGGAAUUAAGUAUGGGACGGAGUCUUGGAGCAUGGGAAAAUCCCACAUGGUUGCUCUUGCCUGUUGGAGGAAGUGAGCUGGUGCCAGUCAGCUUCUGUGCUGUCUCGACUGAGUCAACCAGGCAGCAAGCAGGACUCCUGCUUGCAGACUUGUUAGUUUUAGUGGUAGCUCCCACCCCAAGCACAUGUAUUUAGUUUGUAUUUUUUCAUAGACCUUGGAAGGAGAGCUCCUUCCUACAGAGUGUUUGUAUCUCUAAUCAAUGCUUUCCGCACUGCACCUCCCCGAGCCUAAAGCACAGCACCCAGCUCUGGAUGGAGGGAGUCAUGAACAGAGUCAUGAGCAGAGAUAGAGAACUGUAGGGAAGGUAAGCCCUGUCUGGAGAGACACCGGUUUUUCCUUCACAACAUGCACUGGGGGAUUUCCUCCCCCCCACUUAUUAUUUCUAAGAUGCAUCAACUCUUAAUUGUGGGGGAAGGAGAUAUUUUAAAUGUGUUUCUAACAAAGCAAGUAGCGUGAAUGCAGACGUUUUCUGAGAGCAGGGUGGGGUGGGUAUGAGACGCCUUGGUGCUUCAGUAGCACCAGUAAGAGAGGUCGCCUGGCUCACUACUGCUGCGGGAUCGUUAAGGCAAAAGAGUAGCACCCAGCACUGCUGCUGGGAUCCAGCAGCACUUUCCAGAGCCCCUGAACUGCAUCGUCUCUGGCUGAUUUCAGAAAGGCUCCGGUGGAGCUGUCCUUCCCACAACUGCAGUAACGUUGGCUAUUAAGCAGUGCUGUGUGGGUGUGAUUGUAGGGCAGGCGGGUGGGGGGCGGGGCGAGGUAUUAAAGUGGGGAGAGUUAUGGGAUUCUUACAAUAUAAAGGGUGCGCCCUCUCGAAAAUACAAUCGGCAACAACCACAUUUUGUCCUAAUGAACAGCCCCUCUCAAAAUCCUGCACUUCAAAUGGUUCAGGUCCUCUGGUGAAAGAACUAGAUGCCAAAGUGUGGUGUGGGUCUGCUCCGUGGUGAGGGCUGUUCUCUGCUUCAGGAGAUCACCCUGCUGAGAACAUGCUUUUUGCAUCUCCCAGUGGUGGCGGUGCCCUGCGCUACUGAUCUCCAGUCCUGCCAGGUGUGAAUGUAUUCUGGUGCGGGAGAGACUCAGCUUGUAACCCUAGGCACUUGGUUUCUGUGACAUAUUCACUCACACUAACACGUUUGAAGGUGUUUGGUUAAAGUCUGACACUUGGUUUUACGCUAUUCCACUGCCAUUUCACUGAUUUUUUUUUUUUUUUUUUGAGAGCAGCGUGUGUGAGAGCUCGCAGCACUUCCAGGAGGGAGAACUGAUCAGCAAUUCCUCAGGCAGUGCCCUGUUUUUAACAAGACUCUGUUUUCAAUGGGGCGUUCCCUGAAACACAGAGUGACAGCAUCCAACUAGGGAGAAUGUUUCAAAAUAGGAAAAGGAGCUGUUGGAAAGGUCUUCUGUAUAUAAAACUCUGCCGGGAACCAUGAAACACUCCCCCCCACUUCUGGUUUCUGUAGUGAUUUGUCUUGUUGCUCUCUGUAUUUUAUAGUUACAAAAAUAAACCACUCAAGACCAGCUCUAAGCA